AUGUAUCAGGGACGCCUAACCUACGCUUUAGAUCAAACCUUUGAAAGUGUUGAGCUCUAUCGCCCGAUCAUGACUUUCUUCCCUGUUGUACUCUUUGUGGUCGUGGCGGUGACCGAGUGGGUGUCCGACGUACUCUGCAUUCACUCGGUCAUGCUCCGACUUCUCGACUCCACUCAUGCAUGUCAAGACUCCACGGACGAGAGGGAAGAUUUUAAAAGUGGUGGUGGCAUGUUCGCUGCCAAAAUUGCCGCAAAAACUCGACUCGCACCGAGCCCAAUGAGAGUGUGGUGGCGUUCCACUUUAGCCUCUCCAGAACAGGAGGGCCGUCGAGACAGUUUCAGCAUGGCCGUCGAUUUGCUCUCCCGUCUUGAAAAACGCCCCCUCGACUCCUCCCUCGCCGCCUCCUCUGCCUGCACCGCCUCGCCGCCCUUGCCACCACUGCCUACGACAACGACAGGAACGUCUUUGUGGAGUAGCUCUUCCGCCUGUCCUCCGCCCUCCAAAAGCGCCAAAUUUGAUGCCUCCGCAACCAUCACCGACACUGCCGCCUCCACCUUCUUUGUGCCAAUCGCAGCCAACGAUCUGCAACUCCUCACCGAGCCAAGCAUGGCCAAUUACGUGACCGAUGCGGCGACUGAGGAUCAGCUGGUGCGGGAGCAGUACUCGCCCACACAACAGUCGGUGCUGUUCGUUUACUUCUCCCCUUUUCUCCGCCUCCUUUCUGUGCUCUGCUCUACCCUCUGUCGCGCUGGUCCCCUCGCAGUAGGCGAGAUGAAGGCACUCAACAAUCAACAUUUUGGGGGUCGAACAGAGACAAUUACGCCUGGUAUUUUGGGUCCGCUUUGUGUAAGAGACGGCCAACCACCCCGUACGCCAACCCUCAUCAAUUCGCUGGGUUGGGCUCGCUGUCUCCCCAAUUCCCGAGGCGGCAGUUUGAUUGAUGUGGCGACUUGCGUUGCAUUGCUUUGCUUUGCCUUGCCUCGCCUCGCCAUCUCAUGCUAG